AUGAACUCAUUAACAAGUUCGAGUACGAGUACUGCGACAUUUUGCAGUGAGAAAGAUUCCCGGUGUUAUUACCUACCGAGGAAUCUGCCUCGCCGAUCGAGUGACGCCGUAGCUUGGCUAAUUCCGCCUGAAUCUGCCGCCGAACUCCCCCGAACCUUCAGUGCGCAUGCACCGAGAAGACGAAAACCGAGAAAGCUCAUACUAGCAACACUCCUGUUAUUCGUUAUCGCGGUGAUAAUAACCACCGCGAUAUUCCUGCAUUUCGGUAGAAGAGAAAGAUCUCACAAUGGGGGUGGAUUAACGCCCCCAGACAGUUAUGACUUCCUCCCCCCCUCUUGGAGUAAAUUAAGGGUCUUCAAAGGUGGCGCCGUGUGCUCAGAUGGAGCGCCAUGCGCAGAAAUCGGAAAGGGUAUCCUCGCGAAAAAUGGAUCAGCAGUGGAUGCAACCAUCGCAACCAUGAUCUGCAACGGUCUCGUGAAUAUGCAGGCGAUGGGAUUGGGCGGUGGUUUCAUGAUGACGAUCUACGAUCGUAAGACUCAAAAAUCCUAUUUCCUAGUGUCACGUGACGUGGCGCCACUGGCAGCAAGGUCAAACAUGUACCAUAACCAGGGUGUCAAUGCCACCAACAUCGGCCCCCUCGCGAUUUCUGUGCCCGGUGAGAUAGCCGGAUACAGCACGGUGCAUGAGAAAUUUGGCAGACUCAAGUGGGAGGAGCUCUGGGCCCCAAACAUCGAAUUAUGUGACAGGGGAUGGAACAUGACGAAAGGACUCUACGAUGAUUCCCUGGAGGCCAUUGACCUGGUCCGGGCGGAUUCUACCCUGAGGAAGAUAUUCAUCGUCGAGGGGAGCGAUGAGUUGAAGAAACCCGGGAGUCUAAUCAAACCUGACAAACUCUGCGACACUAUGAGGAUUUUGCAGAAGAAGGGGGCGAAAGAGUUUUAUAAUGGCACCCUGGGGAAGAUGUAUAUUGACGAUUUGAGAAGACAGGGAAGCAUCUUGACGAUGGAGGACCUCAACAGGUAUCGACCCGUAUGGAAGACGACUCUGCAAACAAAUUUAUCGGAUGGUACACGUGUUUUCACACCCAAUUUACCGAGCAGUGGUGCAUUGUUAUCUUUCAUUCUCAACGUACUGGAUGAAUUUAAAUUCACUCCUGAUAGUCUCAAAGGAUGGAACAACACGAUUCUCACUUAUCACAGGAUCAUCGAGACUUGGAAAUUUGCUUACUCGAUGAGAAGCAAAAUGGGGGAUGAUUUGUUCGUUGAUAUGAGAGAGUUCGUCAAGAAUUUGACGUCCAGGGAUUACGCGCGAUCUGUAAAGGCUCAGAUAACCGAUGAUAGAACGUGGAAUGAUCCAAUUCAUUACGGAGCUGGAAAGGAGCUCCGUGGGGACCACGGAACAGCGCAAAUCUCAGUUUUGGCUCCUGACGGCGAUGCCGCUUCUGUAACCAGCAGUAUUAACAUGUAUUUUGGAAGCGGUAUCGUCAGCGAACAAACUGGAAUAGUAUCAAACGCUGGAAUGGACGAUUUUACAGUGCUGGGAAGAGUCAACUACUACGGUGUCGCUGGAACCAACAAAAAUAAUUUAAUUGAACCAUUAAAGAGGCCCAUGUCCUCUAUGGUUCCGUCGAUACUCGUAUCACCAAGUGGUGAUGUCAGAAUGGUCAUAGGGGGCGCUGGUGGCACGAAAAUCACCACUUCCGUUUCAUUCACGAUAGCGAGACACCUGUGGAUGAAUAACACGAUAAAAGAGGCCCUGGACGCGUCGAGGAUUCAUCACCAGGUGUACCCGAUGAAGGUGGCCUACGAGUACGGUGUGCCCCAGCCAGUUAUAAGGGGCUUACAAAACUUGGGACACAAAACCUCGCGCUAUCGCGAUCGAGGCAGCUGUGUUUGCGGUCUAACUCAAAUAAACGGCACUGUCUACGCGAAUGCCGAUCAUCGGAAGAAUGGUGAUGUCUACGGGACCAAUGAGAAACAUAUCCUGAAAUUCUGAUAAUGUUAUUUAUCUAUCAUGUGAUUUUGUAAUUGUUGACGAGUUCAGUGAAAUGAUGACAAUUUUUC